AAGAGAGGGCACCGGGGCGGGGUUUGCAUCUUAUUAUGCAUGCGCAUUCUCUUCUCACAGUUUGGCGAGCACGGUACACUUUCUCCCUUCCUACUGGAUCCUCCUUAGCAACCGUCACCGUUGAGACGGAGGGACGCCCCCAGCCGAUUGGCUGUACCCGGCCUCUCUGCAGCGUAGAUUGGCUGAAGCGUCGAUAAGGGCCAGGCCUUGGCAGUCGCCGCCCGAGAUCGGCUGUCCCAGAACCGAGGCAGGAUAAAGACGGUGGGGACCCGCGACACAGAGGAGCGACCAGAUGAUCCGCCGGAAAUCCAGCCAAUUCCGGCGACUGAAAAGGCGGUCGGAGCUGGACCAGCACUCCGAACUGCGGCGAGAACAUGAGAAAGACCAUGAGAAGGACCUCAGCUCGUUGGAUGAAUCGGCCAAGAGGAUGGGAACAGGAGUGCGGACCGAGUCAGGGACCGUGGCCUCAGUGGAUGCGAAUGAAGAUCCUGCAGCCAACUUGUUCCCGCCGCCGCUACCCCAGCCCCGGAUCUGCAUAUGGAAGUACCUCGACAUCCAUUCCAUGCAGAGGCUGGAGAAGACAACCAACGUGGAGGAGAUGAGGGAGGUGCUGGCUGAGUUGUUGGGGCUCAGCUGUCCUGAGCAGAACCUGCGAGAUGCCAUCACCCUGGACCUCUUCUCCCACAUACUCAUCUUCUGCCGCCAUCAGGGCUUCUCACUGGAGCAGACAUCAACAGCUUGUGCCCUGCUCCAAGAUCUUCACAAGGCCUGUAUCGCAACUCCGUUGGGCAAUGUGGAGGAAUGUUACCGCUACUUCACCAGCGUUCUAUUUUGCCACGGAGUCAGGCGGCCCCCCUUCAGUAUCAACCUCUUUAAGGAGGAACAGCUGUUGGCCCUGGCCGAUUAUGUGGUCAACACCUACUUCCGCCACUUCAAGCUCUACAAGUAUGUCUUCACACCCCAGGUGCGGCUGGAUCUCUCUUUGACUUACAUGGGGCUACAGCCACCCAGGCUCUGGCCAGAGGAUGAGACGGAGAAAGAGGAGGGCGAAGAGGUGGAGGAGCCAGCAGCCAGCCCACAGGAGGAGGAACCGGAAGCGGGAGUCCAGCCAGAGCAAGAGCCAAGCCAGCUUUCCAUCCUCCGAACCUACAUCAAGACCCAGGUGAACAAGGAGCUGGAGCAGCUCCAAAAACUCGUGGAGGAGCGGCUCAAGGCCAGUGAGGAAAGGCUCAGCAGCAAGCUGACCGCACUCGAGCGCCCCCUCCAGCCCCCUCCAGGGAAAGGCAAGAACAAGACCAAGUGACCCUCAGUGUUUUCCCCAAUAAAGGCCUGGGCCAGAGUGGGCCCCCACCCCCA